AUUCGCAGCGCGAGCAGCCGAGUGUCCUCUGUCUCAACCAUGACUCCUGUGUCGGACCCCAGCUCUUUCUCCUCUGUCUCCAAGUGCGCUACCAAGCACUUAAAUCUCAUUUACCAUGUUGAAUUUGACAGGCGUGUGCUCAAAGGGAAAGUGGCCCUGACUGUGGAAGUUCUGGAGGAUAAAUUAUCUUCUCUGACUCUGGACUCAAAGGACUUGAAGAUCUUUAAGGUUUCUGCAAAUGGCCAGGCUGCGCAGUUUGCAUUGGGGACUAAGCAUACAUUUAAAGGUUCCCCUUUGGAGAUCACCCUCCCUUUUGAACUCUCACGUGGGCAGCAUGUGAUUGUGGAGAUUGAAUAUGAGACGUCUCCUAGUGCCACAGCACUGCAGUGGUUGACCCCCACACAGACUGCUGGGAAGAAACAUCCAUACCUUUUCAGCCAGUGCCAGGCCACUCACUGUAGGACCAUGAUUCCUUGCCAGGACAGUCCGUCAGUGAAGCACACUUACUAUGCACAGGUGUCUAUCCCCAGAGAGCUGGUGGCAUUGAUGAGUGCAUUGCAUGAUGGUCAGGAACCAGAUCCGAGCGACAGCAGCCGAGUCAUCUAUCGCUUCAGACAGCCAGUCCCAAUGCCAUCUUACCUCAUUGCUAUUGUCGUUGGUGCUUUGGAAAGCAGUUCUAUUUCUGCCGUUCCAAAAGCGCCUCCUGCUGGCAGAGCUGUUUCUGUUCAGACCAGUGCUGGAGACCGAUCCCUCGCUGGCGUCAUUGCUCAUGAAAUCUCCCACAGCUGGACGGGGAACCUAGUGACCAAUAGGACCUGGGAGCAUUUCUGGUUGAAUGAGGGUCAUACGGUGUACAUUGAGAGAAUGAUUGCCAGGAGUAUGGAGAGUGAACAGCUCAGGCAGUUUAAAGGCAUCGGAGGGUGGAAAGAGCUUCAAGAGUCUGUGAAACAGUUUGGAGCGAAUAAUGUGCUCACAAACCUGGUCCCAAAUCUGCAUGAGGUGGACACGGAUGAAGCAUUCUCCUCUGUGCCCUACGAGAAAGGGUUUGCUCUGCUGUAUCAUCUGGAGGAACUGUUGGGAGGUCCAGAGGUCUUCAUGGGAUUCGUGAAGUCUUACAUUCAGCUGUUUGCCUAUGGCAGUGUAACCACAGAGGAAUGGAAGAACUAUCUGUUCACUUACUUCAAAGACAAGGUGAGAACUAAUGCACUAUCAGAAGUAGUCUUGAAAUGUUUCUGUCUGUUUCCUUUGCAUACUGCUUUGUAUCAGGAGCCCCUUCCUCUGUCCCAUGUGAAGAAGAUGCAGGAGGUCUACCAGCUAAACGGUGUUAAAAACGCAGAGGUCCGCUUCAGGUGGUUGCGCAUCUGUGUGAAGGCACAUUGGGAGGAAGCCGUUCCCCUGGCGCUGAAGAUGGCUACCGAACAAGGCAGAAUGAAAUUCACUCGCCCCCUCUUCAAGGAAGUUUACAACUUCUCCAAGUACAGUGAUGAGGCAGUGAAGACUUUUAAGGAGAACCGUGGAGCGCUGCACCCCGUCACAGCCAUGCUGGUGGUCAAAGAUCUGAAAAUCAAUGGCUAAAAUGCUGCUUUCUGUCCAUCUUAUACACAGGCAGUGUUUUUAUGCUUCAACUUAGUUCUCAGAUACAAAACUGCAUAUCAGACCUUGAACAGACAGGUUGAUGUGCAGAAAGUUUUUUUCUUCAUUGGCCAAAGCUUGCUUUUUUUUUUAAAUGUUUCAGUCUCAGGGCUUAGAACAAAUAAACAUUUUCAGUAUCAUGUAGUUCAGUGUUAAAAAUGAGCAUUGGAUUGAAGGAUCCACUAUCUUCCUUUACAUCAUGUCCAAAGUGAUGUUCUGUAAUAAACUCAUAUGUGCAAAAGGUUUCUACUCUUUUAUUCAAAACCAAAUGUAACAUGAUACACAAUAAAGUUGCAUAGCACAUAAACAUAUGCAUUUCAUAA